GCUUUGCACACUCUUGCCUUGAUGACAGCUUUGCACACUCUUGCCCUGAUGACAGCUUUGCACACUCUUGCCUUGAUGACAGCUUUGCACACUCUUGCCUUGAUGACAGCUUUGCACACUCUUGCCCUGAUGACAGCUUUGCACACUCUUGCCCUGAUGACAGCUUUGCACACUCUUGCCUUGAUGACAGCUUUGCACACUCUUGCCUUGAUGACAGCUUUGCACACUCUUGCCUUGAUGACAGCUUUGCACACUCUUGCCUUGAUGACAGCUUUGCACACUCUUGCCUUGAUGACAGCUUUGCACACUCUUGCCCUUGAUGACAGCUUUGCACACUCUUGCCCUGAUGACAGCUUUGCACACUCUUGCCCUGAUGACAGCUUUGCACACUCUUGCCUUGAUGACAGCUUUGCACACUCUUGCCUUGAUGACAGCUUUGCACACUCUUGCCCUGAUGACAGCUUUGCACACUCUUGCCCUGAUGACAGCUUUGCACACUCUUGCCCUGAUGACAGCUUUGCACACUCUUGCCCUGAUGACAGCUUUGCACACUCUUGGCAUUCUCUCUUUUGAUAUAUUUACCUUUUUUUUGAUUCCAUAUGUGUCAUUUCAUAGUUUUGAUGUCUUCACUAUUAUUCUACAAUGUAGAAAAUAGUACAAAUAAAGAAAACCCCUUGAAUGAGGAGGAGAGUGACAAGAACCGUGUUAGUUAACCGGCGGGCCACAAACAGACAAAUAACGGAGCAGAACGGCAUCUCAGAACGCACAACUCAUGGAUCCUUGUCAUUGAUUGGCUAUUGCAGCAGACGACCACACCGGGUUCCACUCCUAUCAGCUAAAACCAAGAAGAAGAGGCUCCAGUGGGAAACGCCGUCACCAACACUGGAUGAGAGGAGUGGAAAAGCAUCACCUGGAACAGCGAGUUCAGUUUAUUUCAGUGGCCUGUCAGUGAUGUCAGUGUUUCCUGUGUCGGACGCUCCUGGGCUUCUGUGUGUGACUCUGGGCCAGCUGGAAAUCAGAGAGGCCAGGGUCCUGUGCUGCUCCAGUCUGUCCCAGGCGGUGCUGUGUGAGGGGGAGAUCCACAUGGUGGUGGGCAUGUCCAACCGAAGGCUGGUUAGCUCCUCCUACUCUGUCGCCACAACCCCGCUGCAGGUCUACACACUGACACAGGAUGGCAGGCUGCAGGCCUGCCUGUCUUUGGUCUGUCCUUCUGAGCGCGUGCAGACCGUGGCGGCGGUGGAGGGACAGACUGACGCUCUGAUUGGCUCAACCCACGGAGGACAUGUUGUUCUGUGGAACGUGGCGACGGGGCAGCUGCUGCGGAGCAUCGAUCUGGGAGAUGGUUUCACGGAUACGACCUGCCUCCGAGGAUACUCCCUCUGCGGGGUGCUGUUUGUCCUGUUGCAACACCCGUCCCUGUGUGCUGUGGAGGAGGAAGAGGGAGGGGCUCUGUUCUCGCUGGUCGCCACCAACCCUCUGACUGGCACCGUCGCCCUGGCAACCAGACUAGGCCUCCCCAAAGCCUGCACCGGGAGGCUGGUGGAGGUUGAUGUCCAUGGAUCCAGUGUGGUUGGGGUUUUCCGGUCCGGCUCCGUGUGUGUGUGGCAGCUUGGGGGGCGUCAGGGCCAGCAGGGGGUCUGGUUCCCAGAGCUGGGGUGUCAGCUCGCCCGUUGGGGGGCGCAGGGAACUGUCCUGACGGCACACCUCAAUGGAGACGUCUGCUUACACCGCUACAGACCACUCUGAACAACUACAGACCACUAUAGACCACUAUGAACAACUACAGACCGCUACAGACCACUCUGAACAACUACAGACCACUAUAGACUACUCUGAACAACUAGAGACCACUCUGAACAACUAGAGACCACUCUGAACAACUAGAGACCACUCUGAACAACUAGAGACCACUCUGAACAACUAGAGACCACUCUGAACAACUAGAGACCACUCUGAACAACUACAGACCACUUUAGAUGACUCUGAACAACUACAGACCACUCUGAACUACUGUUAUAUAUGCCAGAGAGGCAUGUUUGUUCUACCAAACACAUUUCUAUGUGAAGGUUGUCCAACUUGUCCUGCUGAACACAGCCCAGAAGGGUCUGCUACAUAGCAGGAACAAUGAGUUAGCGCUCUAACUUUGAUAAGCAACCAGAAAUAACUAUUGAUGUUCUGGUUCAUUCAGAAAGCUAAACUUAGAUAUGUGUUUUUGGUUGUUUUAUUAUGCCAUGCACUUUAUAUAUUUCUAUAAAACAAGUUAUUUCUGAAUAUUUAGGCAAGUUAGCUGGGUAACACAUUGAUCUUGCUUUGUUGUAAACACCUGCAAUCGUGACUUCUGGUGCUGAAUCACAUUUUUGAUUCUGAUUCUUCUGAAUCACUUUCUACCACAUCCAAAUGACAUGGUUCAACUGUCUGGUUCCUGAGUCUGUUCCAUAUGUACCUACAUAUAAAUGACAUGGUUCAACUGUCUGGUUCCUGAGUCUGUUCCAUAUGUACCUACAUAUAAAUGACAUGGUUCAACUGUCUGGUUCCUGAGUCUGUUCCAUAUGUACCUACAUAUAAAUGACGUGGUUCAACUGUCUGGUUCCUGAGUCUGUUCCAUAUGUACCUACAUAUAAAUGACAUGGUUCAACUGUCUGGUUCCUGAGUCUGUUCCAUAUGUACCUACAUAUAAAUGACAUGGUUCAACUGUCUGGUUCCUGAGUCUGUUCCAUAUGUACCUACAUAUAAAUGACGUGGUUCAACUGUCUGGUUCCUGAGUCUGUUCCAUAUGUACCUACAUAUAAAUGACAUGGUUCAACUGUCUGGUUCCUGAGUCUGUUCCAUAUGUACCUACAUAUAAAUGACGUGGUUCAACUGUCUGUUCCAUAUGUACCUACAUAUAAAUGACAUGGUUCAACUGGUUCCUGAGUCUGUUCCAUAUGUACCUACAUAUAAAUGACAUGGUUCAAC